AUGCAUAUAGAGAAGAAUGUGAUGGACAAUAUACUUGGCACGGUGCUGAACUUGAGGGACUGGACAAAGGAUAAUUACAAGGCACGCCUUGACUUGGCAGACAUGGGAAUAAGGAGGGAACUUCACCUACAACAAAAAGGUGAUGAUAAAUAUACGAUACCGCCUGCGUGUUUUCAUAUGACUCCAUCGGAGAAAGAUGGUUUCUUGCAAGUUUUGCGCGACGUAAGAGUGCCUGAUGGAUAUGCUUCCAACAUCUCACGCCGUGUCAAUCUGAAAGAACGCAAGAUUUAUGGUUUAAAGAGUCACGAUAAUCACAUCUUGAUGCAACAACUCCUUCCAAUCGCUUUACGAGGAUCUUUGCCAUCGCACGUUACUGGGCCUUUGAUAAAGUUAGCUUGUUUCUUCAGGAAAAUUUGUUCCAAAACCCUUACGGUUUCAGAGAUUGAAAAUGAUGAGGUAGAGAUUGCAGUCACAUUGUGUGAAUUGGAGAAGAUAUUUCCUCCAUCUUUCUUCACUGUGAUGGUACAUUUGGUCAUGCACUUAGCUACUGAAGCCAAGGUUGGUGGUCCAGUUCAGUACCGUUGGAUGUAUCCCAUUGAGAGGUACCUGUCUCGUCUAAAGUCUUACGUAAGAAAUAGGGCUGCUCCAGAAGGGUCUAUUGCUGAAGGAUACAUAGUGGAAGAAUGCUUAACGUUUUGUUCACGGUAUAUGGAAGGAGUUGAAACUAUAUUCAAUCGACCUAGAAGAGCAAUGGAGGAAUCAACAGGGGCGGUGUCAAGCGUGACACUAGACAAUCAUGAGUUCACCCAAGCUCAUCGCUACGUGUUAUUCAAUUCCGAGAACAUUUACCAGUUUCGUGAGAUGCACAAACGUGUGGUGGAGGACGAACUUCGAAGGGGCCACCGUCGUAUAUCCCCAGCUAUUAUUCAUAAGCACCACAUGGAAAAGUUUUGUGGUUGGUUUAGGUCUCACGUGAUGUCAAUGACUAAUGCUGAUAGGGAAAGAACUUCAGUUAAUGAUACAAUUAUCACACUUUCCAAAGGGCCGUAUACUUUGGUAAAUCGGCUAAAGCAUUAUGUGAUAAAUGGGUUAAAAUUUAGGAGUUCGAAUGUCGAGACAAAUAAGAAAACGCAAAAUAGUGGAGUUAGUGUCGUCACUGAAGGUGGCAUUACGUUCUAUGGUGUGUUAACAGAUAUUAUUGAACUGAAUUACUCUGGUAGUAUCAGACAUGUGUUAUUCAAGUGUAUAUGGGUUGAUGAUGAAAAUAGGAGGGGAUAUAAGACUGAUGAGUUUGGGUUUCCUAUGGUGAAUUUUACACACUCCAUACAUGGUGGGAAGGAAAUUGUGGAUGAACCAUAUGUGUUGGCGCCUCAAGCUACACAAGUUUUUUAUGUUGAAGAUAAAAGACACAAAGAUUGGUGUGUUGUUGUCAAAACUAAAACUAGAGAUGUGUUUGACGCUGGUAUCGGCCCCCAUUGUGAUGAGGAUGACAUGUACGAGUUUUAUGAAAACAUUCCAUAUAGUGUAACUAGUAAUGAUGCUGUUGGGGAAAACCUUCGUUGGAGUCGAGAUGAUGUGGAGGGAACGACAAUUGAUGCCUCCAUCAUUGGCGAGAGACAUCUUCAUGAAAUGGACAAUGUAGAUGAUUGUGAGUUCAUUGAUGAUGAGUCCAAUGAUGAAGAUGACAACGAAGUCGACUACAGCGAUGAUGAGUAG